AUGGCCAACACUUUUACCCACCUUUGGGCCUUCAGAAUUGUCUGCCUCUCUGAACUCAAGAGAUUCAUCACACAUUUCCUUGACAAUGAACAAGGGCAGCCGGCCUGGAUCGGGCAGCUUGAUAUGAAUUACGCUGAGAUUCAAGCUCAGAUGAUGACAUGUGCAAAAAGUAUAUCUCUGAGUAUGGUCUACCUAUUACAAGAUGAGAUGAGACUUUUCGGGCCGGCAUCUACCUUUUUCCCCCUUCAGAUGGCCCAUCAAACAUUCAAGGCGCAAGAGUUUGGGCAAGAGGUUGAUCUUGCUUACAUUGAGAAAAUUGUUGAUGAACUCGAUCAAAAGGGCCUAAUGUCUGCUAGAGCGCUUAUAUUUGAUGACUCAAUGCAACGAUGA